AUGAGCAAGCAUACCAACUUUAGACGCCACAAGAUAGGUGGUCAUGAUGCAGAAGGGCUGAAGAACUUCUGGGAAAAAAUCAUCCAAGAGCAGACUAAGCAACGAAAAGAUGAAGAGUCUAGGUUAAGCAAAAGCGCCCUGAAUAAGCUCCGCCACGAAUGGACUCUGCGGCUGGAAGGCCAAGCAAGGCAGAUUCAGGCCCACACGACAACUCAGAAAGAACAGAUGAAGCUUUCCAUCGAGACUCUUCCCUCACCAGAUAAAACUGUUGCUUAA